UCGGCAAUUUAACGUCCUCUUGUGUGAAAAAAGAAUUUUCGCGAGUUCCAGUAAACCAGUAAGAAAAGGGCCAGGGAAAGUAGUGUCCAGUUGGCUCCUUUUUCCCAUCCCAAGCCGUAUAAAGUUGCCGUACGGGACAACGCAGACAGACAACUUGCAAUCGCCGAGCAUUGUGGAAGAUUCUGUUUUCGACAGUAAAACAGCCGCCAUGUGGUUUUCUUUGGUUAAUCGUAUGGCCGUUCCAGUUACGGGACGCCUGAUACGUAACGUGAGUCGUCCUGCCACGAACGCUAUGAUGAUGCUGGCUCCAAGCAAGCCGCCUUUGGGUACGGAAGUACCGUGGGCUAGAUCCUUUACCCAAACGUCCGUAAAUCGCGAUAUUGAUUCUGCGGCCAAGUUCAUCGGUGCCGGUGCCGCUACGGUCGGUGUUGCUGGAUCGGGCGGUGGUAUCGGAACGGUUUUUGGCUCUCUAAUCAUCGGAUACGCCCGCAAUCCGUCGCUGAAGCAGCAGCUCUUCUCGUACGCCAUCUUGGGCUUUGCUCUCUCGGAAGCCAUGGGACUAUUCUGCCUGAUGAUGGCCUUCUUGCUGCUCUUUGCGUUCUAAACUGAGCGCACGUAAAACCGGGUGCAUUUAAUGU